AUGUCAGAAGCUAAACGGGUACCUUCGCAGACCUUGGAGUUUCCGGAGUCCUUGGGCUACGCCACGAAAAAGGAGAAAAAAGGGGAAAAGGGCAAACAGUUCGCGCCCUCCGUCCGCUUCACACUUACCCUGGCAGAGUCGAACGAGAAGCAAUGUCCUGAGUACAACUACGCACAGCUACUCAAAGCAGAGGAGAAGAAGCGCAGGAAAGAUUUGAAACGGGACGACACUACCACCAAUGGAUUGCCUUUCGACGAGGACGAUGACGAUGAUAAACUCCGUGAUAUGGCAAGAAGGUUUGAGGCGAAAUAUGGAACUAAAAGGCGUAAAUAUGACGAUUACGUGGACUUGGGAGCCGGAUACGAUGAGAAUGAUCCUUUUAUCGAUAAUACUGAUGCAUACGAUGAGAUCGUACCGGAAGAGGUGACCACGGCACAUGGAGGCUUUUACAUAAAUAGCGGAGCGCUUGAAUUCAAGACAGUAGAUCGACAGCCGGUGGUUAAUAAUAAUAACAAUAAUCAAAGUAACGAUGAUGAGAGCAGUGAAAGUAGCGAAGAAGAUACGGAAGAUGUGGACAGUCCUAAAAGGCCGGAGAAACGGAAUUUCAGUUCAUCGGACGAAGAGGAUACCGAAGAUAUUACCACUGCUGAUCAACAGAGAAAAAAACAAAAGGUAGAUGAAACUUACGAGAAGAAAGGAUCUGAAAAUGUUAUUAAGAAGAAAAAGAAGCCACACAAUUUACAAGAUCAGCAAAAUUCUCAAUUGGAUGGAGACGGUCUGAGCAGACGGAAAGAAAAGGGAGAAACUACAGAUGGCGAAGGUUCAGAGGAUCAGGAAGAGAAGAAGAAGUCGGAGAAAACAGAUAUGCAAAGACCUAAAGAUAAGAAAUUCGACAUAAAAAAAUUCGAGAAGAAAGCGUCGAAUAGUAAUGGUUUCGAUAGUAAAAAAUUAGAGCUAAAGAAAUUAGGUGAUAAAGAUAGUAACAUUGACGAUGCCAUAGAAAGUGUGGUUAAUGCAGCACGAGUCGAAGAUGAAUCGAGUAGGGAUACAUCAGAUUCUCAGUCUCGGUGUAUAGGUACAGAAUCCGAGGGCGACGAUGCUGACAAAGAAGCGCCAUUGCCCGAGUCUCUUCCAGAAAAUAUUAUAAUAACAAUCAAUGAGUUGAAGGCGCAUGCCGAAAACAAUAAAGAGGGAAAGACUAAAUUUUUCGACACAUCAGUGAAUAAUUUAUUAUUUAAUUUAGAGAAAAGACUAAGGGCGCUUUCGACCCCGAGCCUAAGGCUACAAACGUAUGGACAUCUCGCACGAUUUUUACCGUGUAGUAAAGUAGCACUUCAGAAUAGAGCAAAAAAAUUGUUCGUAGAAGAUAUCGAAUACAAGACUACAGAACUUAUACAAAGCUUAAAAAAAGAGAUUGAUGAUAUAAUGCCAUCUGUUAUAAGUAAAUAUCAGGAUGAGUGUCAAAAGGUGGCUGAAAGAAAUCCUCAUUUAUACUGGGAUAUAUACCGGUACUGUUGGGAGCAGGAAGGAUCACCCGAGGAUGUUGAGAGCUCCGACGACGAUGUGCGCGACGAUAUAAGUAAAUCGAAACUUCCGAAAAAGCAGUUUCCUUGGACCGAGGAAGCAAAAAAACUCGUUACUCAAAUCGCAACUAUGAGGAGUCAAUGUUACAACGUUUCGAGACCUAGGAAAUUAAGUCUGUUCACUUACGUCGAGUCUUUUAUGGUUCGACAACUGUUACCAUUAUGGCCGCAUGGAUACAUGACAGCGAAGGUUUUACUGGAAUUCAUCGACGGCAUCGAGCCUACCAUAAAGAAGAAAGCGAAGAAAUUAAAAGAGAUCGGCAACGGUAAGGGUACGAGUUCAUCGGAAAAUGUGAUUUACAGUUCUGCGAGGCUUGAGGCGUCGACCACAAGUACCGUUCCCUUGCAAGAGAAAAUUACAGCGAACCCGCCGAAAAUUCAAAAUACUACGGAAAAUUCUACAAGUUAUUUAAAAGGAACUUCGAAAUUAAGUGAGAACACGGAGAAAAAGCAACAUAGUAUAAAGAGCAAAGAUAAAAUCAAGGAUCCCAGCAGCUUAGGGCAACAUCAUGAAAAUUCAGUGAUUGUAUCUUCUAGUAACUCCAGCAUAGGUAAAAUUUCUGUUGUGCCUACGUCUCAGUUGAUGGCUCAGAAACCGGUUAAAAGUCACAUAGAGAAGAUUAAUUUAAUGGAUUUAGGUAAUAGUUCCCUCUCGAUCACACCAGUUAAUGACUUUCACAAAUCGUCUAUCAAGAUUAAUGAAAAUAAAAAAGAUAUAGUUUCUAUUACUCCUUUCUCUGAAGCUUCAAAUGUUCUUCCAAAUACAAAUGAAGUGCCUCAAAGUGGACAUCAUUCCGUACACAGACAGGAAGCUUCAUAUUCGUCUACGCAUUCGCAAUAUUCUAACUAUCCCACGUCGAAUCAAGCUUCUACACAUUCGAAAUCAGUAUCUAUAAAGCAUAGACAAUUAAACGAGAACGCAGACACGAAGAAUGAUAAGAGAUUAGAAGACAGGGAUCUAGAUAUGGCUAAUAAGACUGAAAAGAGAGAUAAAAAGCGGAACACGGAAGUGAAACACAAAUCGCAUGAUACGAAGAAGAGGAAAAAGGAUCAAAAGUUAUUAGAGAAACAAGUAGGACAUGUUAAUUCAGAUGUAGUGCCUAUACAGCAGCAGCAACAGAAACCAUUGUUUACGAAAGAAGAACAGGAACAGAAACAGAACGAGGAGACGAUUGCUGCUACUAAUUAUUUAAGUCAAAUCUUCAAUGACGACGCGCCUUCGAAAGGAAUCUCUGAUAAACGAAAGGAUGCUGGGCUCGUCGCGGAAGAGUCUGCGAGUAACGCGGUCCAGCCAUCGGAACAGGAGAAAGACGUUCAAAUGGUGAUGAGGUCAUUGAAAGAGUUGCAGGAAUUACAAGAAAUGAAGUAUUCGCCCAGUAAUUCACCAGUCGGGAGUAGUAUACAGAAACCUAAUAAGUCGACUACACAAUGUGCUACUUAUCAAGAUGAAUAUUCACGCUUAUAUUUAAAGAAAGACGUUAAACUGAAGUCUAAAGAAGAAUCACAAUGGUAAUAUAAAGAAAAUAUAUGUGAAGUAUAAACGUAUUAUGUUGAAACGAAUGAAAAAGCCGGUGAACACAGAUAAUAAUUUCAUAGUGACCUAUAGAAAAGGGCGGACUUCGGUAAAUAUCUGUAUUAUUUUUGAUGAGAGACAAGUCAGUGGGAAACUGAUCCGAACUUCUUCCAUUAUUAAAAGUCGCAUUAUUACCGACGACCAAAUCAAGCAAACUGAUAGUGUGCCGCGAUUGCAUCGUAUCGCAUCAAUUUUUAAAUAUUUUAAUAAACCGCCAAAUUGUAAAUAUAUUCAUUCGUAGUAAUUCGAAACGCGCGUUGUACAGAGUAAAUAUAAAUUAUGGAAAUAUAAUUAAUCCUAUAGACUCUUGUAAAUAAGUUAUGAUCCAUCGACUGCCGUAGCCAAGACAGUCGACGGAGAUACACUCUUUUUUUAUUUGACAGCGUAAUGCUACUUGUCGAUUUUAAUAUGUCUACCAGCAAUUAAGACGGUCAUGUUAUUUAUAAAUUUAAUUAAGAAUUGCUUCAUUUCAUUUUUCCUACUGCCAGGAUACAAGGACAAAAGGAGGAAUAUUAAUAAGUUCAUUUUUUCAUAGCGCCCGUUCACCCUGGCCACGCUAAGUUGCGAACGAAAAAUAAUUUAAAUAGCGUUCCUUUUGCGUAUGAACGGCAUUUAUGAUUUCGUAUCACGGAGAGAAAUAAUGAUAGUUAGAUAUAUAUAUAUAUAUAUAUUUUACGAUAUUCUGCCUUUUAAAUCAUUCAGUUAUAAUGUCUAAUUUAUUUAUCCAACAACAAAUAGUAGAUGUUACGGUAGAACGGCGGUCUAUCGUACACCUAUGCAUCAUUUUUAAACGAAAAAUAAGUAUACAAAACCAAUUACCGCGGUUAUUCAAUUACAAACCUGUAUUAUUAAUGUACGACUUAAUUAAACGAUUCAGUUAUAUAGUAAGCAGAGUGUAAGAGCGAAUGUGCGUGAAAGUAUUGUGUAGAAAGAGCUAUAAUAUUUUUGGAACAUGAAGAUUAGUGAUUGUAUUAUAUGCCACACACCUUUCUUCCUCUUCCCAUCUUAUCCUUACGAUAUUUAGAACAUGAUUAACCGCCUUGUACAAUUCUUUUGCCGAGAAUUUCCACGAGAACGAUUUAAAAUAUAAGUUUUGAAUAUUUUUUACAA